AUGGAUAGCUCUAUUAACAGAAGCUUAUCCCCUCCAACCCCAUUCCCUACUCUUGAAACAACCACUACUCCUCUUCCUACAACUACUUUACCAAGAAGAACAAGAUCGAGAUCAGAUACACUUCCUCCAUCAACUGAGCGCCCUCAAUUGGAGGAUUUAAUCCCAGCGUCACGCCGUGAUUCAAUCAAUUCAAAUACAUCCGAUUCAAGCCUUUUGAACGCAGAGCUCGAACGCCUUCGCGCAGAGGUCAUUCGACACGAUCGAGAGCUUCAAGAAUCUGGCAUCGGUCUUGGAAUUUACGGAGAAGGAAUCGCAGCAGAAAUUGAAAGUGAGGAAUUCAGUUACCGUGGUGUUCAGAGCGCCCGACCAUCUCCUCGUCUGCCAUCAGUUCGCCAGCCACUCCCAGUUGUUGAACACCCUCUUACUACUGAUUUAAGAGCCCGUCGUCGUGGAUCGGUUAUUCAUCAUUCUCGAUCAUCUUCUGUCUCUUCGCUCCCUUCUACUGAAGAUCUUCGAGCCUAUCCAGAACUCGACUACAGACCCAUUGUACAAGAGCCUUUCCACAAUCAAAUCCCACUUACUUCUUCUACCAACAAUCUUCCUCAACUCACUUCUGCGAUAUACGUUCCCCCACCUCGAGCACCCAAGACACAUAAGGAACGUAAGAUGAAUUAUCAGGGUUUCGGUGAUCCAAAUCAAUCCGGCCAACCAUCCAACUCUAGACAAGCACCGCCAUCGCCAGGUCAAGGUAUGGCUCAUACAAACGGAAUGAACGGUCAGAUGAACAUGGCCGGAAUGGCUAACAUGAUUGGCUUUCCAACUCCUGCUGGACAUCAAUCUGACCUUAAUUAUAUUAUGGUCAUGGUUGAAGAAUUGAGCCGUCUUUUGGCCGCCAAUCAGAAGAUUACCGAUAGUAUUCUUGAAAAGAUUGGAAAUGUUCGUCAACGAGCCAAAGAUAAGAAUUUGAGCAAUGACGAGCUCCUUGAUAUUGUUACCGAGGAAUUGAAUGCUGGUUCAGAGAAUCUUGAGAUUGAGAACGCCCAAUUGCGUAGAGAAGUCGAAUCAUCCAAGGCUGAUGCUGACGAAAAUUGGAAGUUGGUUCUACAUGCUGCUGGUAUCCUUGAAGAUAUCAAGGAGAAGGCCCACAAUUACAAAUUUCAACAUGAGAAGGACACUCUUGCCUGGCACAAGAGUUACCGUGAUCAACUCGCCCAAGAACGUAAAGAGAAUCUUGAACUUCGUUGCCACAUUGCGGACAUGCAAGCUCAUGCUGCAAAGGCCAAUGACUACAUUAAUCAGCUUCGUCGUUAUGCUUCCGAGCACAAGAUUAUUACUGAGCUCACAACUCAAGUUCAUCAAUACAAGGGUGAACGACGUUAUUGGAAGCGUAUGGCUUGUCCUGGUCUCAUUGAAGAUCCUAGCGAGUGGUCUGAUGGUGAAGGUGGAGCCACAGGUAAUAUCCCUGAGGCUGAAAAAAUCGCAUGUGCUCCGUGGAUCGCUGAACGUGAAGAGAUGGCACGCAUUCUUAAUGGCGAUGGUGGAUCAUCUUGAAUCUCUUCCUUUUGCAUACAAAAUUACGAUCAAAUGGCGUUGGGGAGGAUUUUUUACGGCACAAACCUGUCUCAUGAAAUUGGCGUAAUGGAAUGGGUAUACCCGAUUUCUUUUACUCGAUAGCAUGUACAUCUGCAUGGAUGAAUGGAUGAACGGUCAUGGCUAAGGGAAACUUGUUUGAUGAAAUUCUUGUAUUAAUGUAUUCUGGUUGCACAUUGGGAAUGGGAAUGGAGCCAGCGGUUUCACGCUGUGCAUCAAAUGUGGCGAAUCUGGUUUCUCUUCUACUUGACGGCAAACACUCACGAUAUCACAACUCGCUCUCUUUUCUGAGAUCAUCUUUCUUUUCUAAUUUCCUUCUUUUUUGAAGCGAAAUCAAGGAAAUGUAAAAGGUGCAGAGAUGUCGAUGGGUUGACUAAGGACUUUCCCAAGAUUUUAUAAAAUGAAAUACUUGAAUAGGAUUGUGAUGCGAUCUUUGGGUUGUUUUGUCUGUUGGUAGAUGGAUAGUUUUUUAGUCACUUAAUUACAUGAUAGUUUAGUUAAUUCGGAAUGAGUGGAUAUGCAUUUGCGCAUACCUACCUAAUUCAUAUACUCUUCUCUUCG